CGACGGACAGGCAGCGGCAGAUGAACAGGAUCCGGAUUCACGUUUUGCCAUCGAACCGGAGCCGCCUGACCGCGAUCCCCCGGCUGCACGAGCCCCUGAGCUGUUCGUUUACGCAUCGGCCUUGCUCCCAGCCACGCUUGGAGGGGCAGGAAUUCUGUAUUAAGCACAUUCUCGAGGACAAGAAUGCACCCUUCAAGCAGUGCAGUUAUGUGUCAUCAAAAAAUGGGAGAAGGUGCCCCAAUGCAGCCCCUAAGGCAGAGAAGAAAGAUGGGGUGUCGUUUUGUGCUGAGCAUGCUCGGAAGAAUGCCCUGGCCAACCGCGGUCCAUCGAAAAAAUCCAGCGCCGGCCCCUCCCCCGAAGCCCUGCUCUCCCAGCUCAGCGGUUACGUAAAGAAUGAAUACGGCUCGCAGGGUGUGGACAACAGCCGCAGUGAAGCCAGCAAAAUCCUGGAUGAUGACAGCUGGAGUGAGGGUGAGCCAGAGAGUGUGCUAAUAGAGCAGACGUGGAGAGGUGACCCGGACAGCGAGGCCGACAGCAUUGACAGUGAUCAGGAAGACCCCCUCAAACACGCGGGCGUUUACACGGCAGAGGAGGUGGCGCUCAUCAUGCGGGAGAAGCUGAUCCGCCUUCAGUCCUUGUAUAUCGACCAGUUCAAACGCCUGCAGCAUCUACUCAAAGAGAAGAAGCGUCGCUUCCUCCACACCAGGAUUGAGCAUGAAACCAUAGGGAGUAGCCUCUUGACUGGCCCUGAGGGUCUCUUGCUGAAGGAGCGCACAGACCUGCGUAAGCUGCAGGCCCUGAGGCGUUAUCGCCGACGCUAUGGGGUUGAGGCCCUGCUGCAGCGGCAGCUGAAGGAGCGUAGGGUGUUGGCCACAGAGGGUUCAGCUCAGCAGGCGCACUUGUCCUCCCUGCGGACAGUGCAGCGCUGCUCAUCUGUUGCCGAUGGUGUUCGCUGCUCCAGCCCCUGCCUUCCCAUGAGUCGGCACUGCCAGUCCCAUAUCUGUCAGGAUCCCAACCAGGUGCUGUUCAAGAUGUGCCCGGGUGUGAAAGCGGUGCCCUGCACUAAGCCAGUCUCUCUCAGCCUCUCUGAGGAGCCUUACUGUGCUCUCCACCUGCCGGUGCCACCGCAGAUGUACAAACCGGAGCGAGGAUUCUCCGUGCCGGAUCAUCUGGAGAGCGGACCCUCAGAGCUGUACCUGAGCGCUGCCGAGCUGCAGCCCUCUGAGAUCCUACCUUUGGAGUUCAGUGACGAUUGCCUGGAUGUGGUGGGAGAUGGGCCGCAGUGCCCACCUUCGCCGCUGUUUGACCUGGCUCUGGGGUUGGGUGAGCAGUCGAUGAACGAGAUGGAGAUCCUGACCGAUGAGGAGCAGCUACGAGCCGACUCCGCGGAUACCCGAGACGGGGCUGAGCCCAGUUCCAGCACCUGUCGGGUCCCCUCGGAGCUGAGCUGUUCACACACCCCGCUUCUAGGGUCUGGCGGGCAGGCAGACCUGCCGUCCUCCGAACGCUUGACGGCACAAGACCAGAACGGCACCAAGGAUGCCAGCUGACCUGACCUGCCUGAACAUUAAACUGCCCCACAGUUUGAUACGCGAGCAAGUGCUAAUGAUCAGAGAGCAGCUCCCUCGGUAGGCGGGGGCUGGCGUUAUGGAUCCAGGUACUUGUUGCUGGUGUGGACCGAGCGAGCCAAGAGGAGACUUAACGCAACUGAACGUUGAUCUGUGUCUGCUCAGGUGUCACACAGGGUGCUCUGUGUGUGUUGGUGGGUAGGUGGAAGCAGCUUAGCCCAGUCAACAGCCAGUGAGGUGUUUUGACUGUUUUAUUUUCCUUUGUGACCUAAGUUAGAAGCUGAACCGCAGUUCAGGUCUCGGGGCCUGAGACAAUGUGCGAUAACUGAUUCCUGCCACGGUGAACGCAGUCGCUUUGCGUUAGUCCUUGUAAACUACUGGAGAGACACAAUGCAGCUUCCAGCUUUGACAUGGAUUUGGGGGGAAAUGGUAUAUAGAAGAUUUUCUCUCUCAUUUCCCCCCCCCCUCCGCGCCCCCCAUCCAGCACAACAUUAAAGCUGUUAGGGGAAGGGUUUCAGCAGUUCUUUGUGCAUUACGGUAAACCUCACGCAAGUCGUAUCAGUUGGGACCAGACGUUUAAUAUGACUCGUACAAAGUAUGAGUUAUGCCAAACGUGCAUAGAAUAUAAACUUGAAUGGGACAGAGGCAGAUCAUAAUAAUAAUCCUUGCAUUUGAUAUAGCGCCUUGUCGCACCUUCGAGACGUCUCAAAGCGCUUCACAGGAUACAAUGUAAAGUGUAGUGACUUUUUUGUGGGUGAUGUAUGGCUUAGGGAUUAUAUGAUUCAUGCAGAUCGGACGUGUUUGAGUUUUACUGCAUUUACGUUUUGUUCAGCAAUGAACUGAAGCUGCUGUAUCGGGUGGGGAAGGGGGGAGGAACAGAAACUUGACCAACGUUCUGUCCUGCCUGGGAAUGGAACCCAGGUCCCCUCGCUUGCGAGGCGAUCGAGCCAUCGAGUUUGUUCCAACUUUGCGCGUGACAAAGCUGCUCCGUGGGUGCUUCUGGACUCUGCAAUGAGUUGCUAUGUUACCCUGGACCGUUCAGUAAUGCAGCUAAUUCCCACUUGGGAGACGUACGAAAGUCCCCAAUCCACAAAUCAACCAUCAACGAGCUCAAAGGUAAAUUUCCCGUCACAGAAUCCUCGUGCCCACAUUAACGUCCUGGGUCCUGUGAGCUCUGUGUGGAACGCGACUCAAGUGCUGGUCUGGAGAGGCUUCAGAAAGAACAUGGCAGUGUCUUGUCACAGCCUCGGCCAAAUCUAUAUCAAUGUUUGUGUACAAUGUGAUGUGGACAAACCUUUUCAUUAAAAAUUGUUGAAUGUGUAUCAUUAA